AUGACAUCUUGCCUUCUGGACUGCUUCGAGUUCACCGACAGACACACUGCAGAAAACUUGGCAGUGGAGCUACUAAGAGUGGCAAAAGAGUGGCAAGUAGAGGACAAAGUGGUGUGCUGUGUGAGUGAUAAUGCUGCAAACAUCACCAAAGCCAUAAAAGUUUUGAAGUGGACCCAUCACCCAUGUCUGGCGCAUACACUAAACCUGGUGGUUAGAGAUGCUCUGAAGGUGAUCAAAACAACCGUGGAUAAGGUGAAGGCUGUUGUGGAGUUUUUCCACAAAAGCACAGUAGCAGCACAGAAGCUAAAGUCCACACAGCGCCAAAUGGGGAUUCCUGAACUGAGGCCCAAACAAGAGUGUGCCACCAGGUGGAACUCAACAUUUGAUAUGUUGAAACGAAUGCUUGAAAUAAAAGAUGCCAUCAUCUCCACCCUGGCCCUCAUCAACGCAUCUAUUGAGCCAUUAAGCCAAGAGGAAUGGGAGCUGGUGAAAGAGGUCUGCGCCGUCCUGGAGGUGAGGAGCUACCUUGAGGAGCCCCUCAUCCAGAGAGCAGAAGACCCACUGAGCUGGUGGCAGGCCAAGGCCUCAGUCUUUCCACUCCUGGUGAAGGUGAUGGAGGGGAGACUAUGUAUUGUUGCCACAUCAGUUCCUUCUGAGAGAAUCUUCUCCAAAACAGGGCAGAUACUCACGGAGAGGCGAAAUCGUAUCAGGCCUAUCAGCCCAUCCAAGCUGAGGCAUCUGAUCUUCCUGAAUGCCAACCUGCCCUGA